AUGUCCACUAAGGGAGGGCUCGCAGACCAGGAGCACGUGUGGAGCACAGCCGAGAGCCUCUUGUCCUCCUCAGAGCACCCAUCCACGCUCCGGGCAGGGCUUCACACUCAGAUCCCGCACACGGACGUGGGAGGGAGCUCAGGUGCACCCAGUCCUCCGGACAGGCGCUGGCCACAGCGGGCCCUGCUACACUCCGCCUCAUUCAUGCACCUCAUCCUGACCUCUGCUGGGGAGGACGCUCCGCCACCUCCUGGGUGGGCUUCAGGCACUGCACUCCUGGGAGAGGUGGGCUGCACCUACCUACCAGCCCGGUGCCUCCUGCCUCACACACCCCUGGCUGCUGGGGAAUCUGUGGCCCUCACUACACGGGGCUCCGCCCACACGGCGUUGCCCCCCAAACGAGACACACAGGCCAGUCUGCCCUGGGAGCAUGAAUGGUCCUCGCCCUUCGGACCAGGAAGGGCCGGCAGCGAGCUCACCGCACGUGGGCAGAUGAGGCUCCUCCAAGCCAGUGGGGCCUUGGCAAUUGGGAGAGAGGGGGGCUACCGCCAUCUAGUGGAUCGUUACUCCCUUACCUGGUUUUAA